AUGAAGUUCACCAUCUCUGCCGUUGUUCUCGCUCUCUCUGCUUUCGCAGCUGCUAUGCCUCAGGGCGCCAACGCCAACCGUCCCGUGCCUGAGGGCGCUUGCUGUGUCGCAAACACCAGCUUGAAGCAGGAUGUCUGCACUGUCAACGGAGUUAGCGGUCGCUGUGUCCCUGACAGCAUCAACAACUGCGGCGCUCAGUUGACCUGCAUCGAGGACAACCGACUGAACUGCGACCCCAACACUCUGGAGAGGGGUCGUCCUCUCUGCCGCCGCAUCCAGGGCGCGUAA